CAAACCCCCCCCCCCCCCAGGCGCAUGGACAAGCUCACACCCAGGCAGACACGAAGGCAGGCCGGCUAUCGUCGAGAGUAUCAAACGCGCGCAGCAGCAUUCUCACCGAACGUGUGUGAGAAGGGCGCGUGUACUGACUGAAAAAACCAUGCACUGGUCUGGUCUUGUGUGUCGUUGCAUCUCCCUCCCUCCCUCGUGUGUGUCGCACAUCACUUCGCUUCGCAUUUAUGACCAUUGUGUGAUCUACCAUAGCAGAAGAGUAAGGGGUGGAGGGGUGGGGGGUUGGGGAAAGUGCCCAUUCCAUUCGCCCACCAGCUGGCUCUGAACGCAAAAACAAUCUGGCAGUGAGUUGAGGUGAGGUGCAGUGGAUGGGCUGACUACGGUGGCAGGAAGGCAGCAGGGUGGCGUGGUAGUUUGUACACAUCCGUCUGUCAUACAGCAGAGAUCGAUCCCAAAUCCGAAAGAAAGACAAGAGAGCGGAAAAAUCGCCUUCCUUCCCGAAACUUCGUCCGUCCCUCGCUCCCUCCCUCGCUUUCUCUCUGUGUGGUACAUCUCAUCUCGCAGAGUAUUUCUCAUCACCCCGACAAACCCUCCCCCCACCACACCCCAAGCCCCAUAUACACCGACUGCAUUGGACGUCUAUCUAUCCAUCUAUGCGGCGACAAGUUCCUUGGUGGGUUUGGCCUCCUUCUCGCCUGCGCCGUAUCCCGAGACGAUGCGCAUGAAGUCCUCGCCGUUCAUGAUUUCCUCCUCCACCAGCCGCCGCGAUACCUCGUCGAGGAGGGAGCGGUUGUCCUGCAGCAGCCGCUUGGCCUUCUCGUACGCGCUGUUCACCAGCUCACGGACCUCAUCGUCCACCGCCUCCUUGGUCCUCUGAUCGAUCGCAUCACAUACAUCACCAUCACAGACGGCCGACGGGUCUGAGGUGCGUGUGGAGGGUGGGUAGUCAGGCUCUUGUUUGUACCUGUGACGUCUCGAGGAAUGGCGCGGUCCCCUGUCGCAUCAUAGCGUCUUCGACGUUGAGCUGACCGACCUUAUCGUUCAUGCCAUACUGCGUCACCAUACUGACAGACGGGGACAACACACAGAUGUGGUCACACUUGAUCAGGUGGGUUCCAAGUCGCUCCAUCAUGUGUCUGCCUCCUACCCUACCUUCUUGCGAUGCGGGUCACUUGCUGCAGGUCAUUGCUGGCGCCUGUGGUGACAUGCUCGCGGCCGUAGACGACCUCCUCAGCAGCGCGACCGCCCAGCGCAACAGCAAGCUGGUUCUGGAGGUAGUCCACGCUGAGCAAACACGAUACACAUACCAACCGUUCCGUGAGGGGCAAUCACCACCGGUGAGUGAGACUUUUCCGGCUGUGCGGAUCGAUCUCCCUCCCCGACUCACCUGUACAUGCCACUGGUGAGUCGCUCCUCGCUGGGGAGGUAGAAGGUGGCGCCGCCCGCGCCGCCUGUGCGGGGGAUGAUGGAGAUCUUCUGCACGGCGUCGUAGCCCGGCAAGAAGGCGCCGACGAGGGCGUGGCCCGCCUCGUGGUAGGCAGUGAGAGUCUUGACGCGGUCCGACUGGAGCCGGUUGGUCUUCUCCGAGCCCAACAUAAUGCGGUCCAGGGCUGCAUCGAUGUCCUCGGUGUCGAUCUUCUCCUUGCCCUGAUCAGACCAGAUGAGAAAGGCCAAAGGAGAGGAAUGUGUGGUUGCGGGUGGCUGGCUGUGUGGGGUGGGUGCCUCUUGCCUGCCGCCCUUACCUUCCUGGCGGCGAAGAUGGCUGCCUCGUUCAUGAGGUUCUCAAGCGAGGCUCCGCUGAAGCCGGUGGUCCUCCUGGCGACGGCGUCGAGGUCCACAUCGCCGAUGGGCUUGCCCUUGACGUACACAUCCAAAAUGGCACGGCGAGCCUGACCACCCGAUACAACACAACACAACACACCACGUCCAUCGCAUCACAAGACGGACAGAGAUGAGCGCGCCUUAUCGCCUCAACCCACCGGCAGGUCAGGGAGGUUGAUGGCGACGCGUCUGUCGAAGCGACCAGGUCGGAGAAGGGCCUCAUCCAAGAUGUCGGCACGAUUGGUGGCGGCAAUCACGACUACACCCUGGUUGCCGGAGAAUCCGUCCAUUUCGGCGAGCAGCUGGUUGAGUGUCUGCUCUCUCUCGUCGUUCUGCGGCAUGAAGCCUCCCGAGGACCGUGCGCGGCCGAUGGAGUCGAUCUCAUCGAUGAAGAUGAUGCAGGGCGCAACCUUCUUGGCCUUCUCGAACAAAUCACGCACGCGGCUGGCACCGAUACCGACGAACACCUGAACACCAGAACGACACACGGGACGGCCGGUGAUUGAUGUGUCAGUGCGUGAGUGUUCGGCACAAUUGGCUCACCUCAACGAAGUUGGAUCCCGACUGUGAGAAGAAGGGCACGCCCGCCUCGCCGGCCACGGCCUUGGCCAUCAGGGUCUUACCAGUACCUGAAUGAACGCAACCGAUCACGUGUGUGUGAUAGUGCCGUUCUCGUGAGAGUGCUUCGCAUGGUCACUGACCUGGGGGUCCCUCCAUGAUGACGCCCUUGGGUAUCUUGGCGCCGAGUUUGGUGAACUGCUGGGGGUUCUUGAGGAAGGUCACCACCUCGCCGAGCUCCGUCUUGGCCUCAUCCUGACCGGCGACCUGGUCAAACGUCACACCUGGGCACAUGCACACCACCAACACACGUAGACGUGAGAUGCACUGGGACAUCAGACACCACGCCCUUCCCGCUUCUGUUAGUCACCAGUGUUCGGGUUCAUGUCAAUCUUGGCCUGGCUGCGUCCGAAUCCGCCGAGAGGGUUGCCACCAGGGCCACCGGGGCCGCCCAUGCCGCCGCGGGAGCCCAGGAAGAAGAGUGAGCCGAGCAGCAGCCAUGGCAGGAGGUUGGCAAUGAAACCCAGAAGGUUGGGCGUCUGCUGCACUGGCCGCACGGCAAACUCCACUUUGUUGUCGCGGAGAGUCUUCAGAAGAUCGGGGUCAUUCGGGAUGCCCUCCAACAGAUACCUGCAGGGGAAGACGACGAGAAGAGCACAUGAGCGGAAAAGGAGGAUGGGUCAGUGUGUGUGAUAUGCUCACCUCUCUCCCUCAGUGUCGAUGGCCGUCAGACUACGGCCGUCGGCGGAGAACAGGACGCUCUCGAUCUGCUUCUGCUCCACCUUGUCGAGGAACUGGCUGUAGCUGCGGAGCAGCUCAUCAGCCGACGCAGCCUGCAUCGACCACAAGGACACCAAAGAGAAGAGACAUUACAGUGAGCCCUCUCGUGCCCACGCCGGUGCAUAGGACCCCUGUCUACACCACCCCUCCCACCUGUGGCUGCGUGGGGAGCAUCAUGCCUCCCGCAAGGAUCGGGAUGAAGGCCUUGAGCGCAUCCUGUGCUCCUUUGAAUGCGUUGUUGUCUCCGCUGUCAGCCAUCAUCAAGGGCAUCCUCUCGUCCACAAGAGGGCGCGAAACACUGCCGGCACGCCCAUGGUUCCUAAUGACGGCCUGCAGGCCACCUCCAGAGAUAAACGCGGGGGACGGGGAGGUGAUGACGCGGCCGAGGGCGUUGCCCGUCAGCGCAAGCCAAGCGAACCCGAACACAGCGAGGGCGAAGGUAGACGAUGAGCGCUUCAUUGUCAGAGAAGAGGGAAGCAAGAGGAAGAUCUGCUCGGGCUGAAGUCGUUGCGGA